UUUUGAAGAAUGCCUGUAGAGACGGAAGUUGGACUCCAGAUCAUACCUGCUUCUCAUUUGCUCAUCUACAGAAACUACUUGACCCUCUGUGUCUGCAGGAGUAAAUGAUGGUUCCAGGCUGGAGGGAGGCAGAAGGAGAGAAAGAGAUGCAAAAAUGGCUGCCAGUGGAUUACACACACCGUCAGGUGACUACCUCGAUCUCUCAGAGCUGAGGAUUGUGCUGCUGGGAUACAGAGUAGCUGGGAAGACUUCAUCAGGAAACACCAUCCUGGGCAGAGAGGAGUUUGACCUGAGGACAGCUGUUCAGUGUGUGAAGAGACAGGGAGAAGUAGCAGGGAGGCAUCUAACUGUGGUCGACACUCCAGGCUGGUGGGCUAAUCACCCCUUAGAGAAUACUCAUGAGCUGCUUAAACAGGAGAUUGUACUCAGUGUGUCUCUGUGUCCCCCAGGACCCCACACGUUCCUCCUUGUCAUAGAUGUGGAUGACUCAUUCACUGAGGAAUACAGAAAAGCAGUAGAGGAACACCUGGAGCUUCUCAGUGAGAAAGUCUGGAGUCAUACAAUAGUGCUGUUCACCCAUGGGGACUUUCUAGGAGACACAGCCAUUGAUCAGCACAUUGAGAGACAAGGGAAGGCCCUCCAGUGGCUUGUUGAGAAAUGUGGAAACAGGUAUCAUGUCUUCAACAAUAAAAGCAGGGGUGACAGCAAGCAGAUCACAGAGCUGCUGAAUAACAUAGAGGAGACGGUGGCAGGAAACAGAGGAGGACAUUAUGAGAUAAGUGACUCCCUCCAUCUCUCAGAGUUAAGGAUUGUGCUGCUGGGGUACAGAGGAGGAUCUGGGAAGAGUUCAGCAGGAAACACCAUACUGGGCAGAGAGGCAUUUGACCUGAAGACAACUGCUCAGUGUGUGAAGAGACAGGGAGAAGUAGCAGGGAGGCAGGUCACUGUCAUCGACACUCCUGGCUGGUGGAAGAAUCUUCCUGUAGAAAGGACUCCUGAGCUGGUUAAACAGGAGAUCUUGCUCAGUGUGUCUCUGUGUCCCCCAGGACCCCACACAUUCCUCCUUGUCAUAUCGGUGGGGUUUUUAUACACUGAGGAAGACAGAAGAGCAGUAGAGGAACACUUGACCCUUCUCUGUGAGACGGUCUGGAGUCACACUAUAGUGCUGUUUACCCGUGGGGACUGUCGGGUAAAAACCAUUGAGCAGCACAUCGAGAGUGAAGGGGAGGCCCUCAAGUGGCUUGUUGAUAAAUGUGGGAACAGGUAUCAUAUCCUCAACAAUGAGAACAGAGGGGAUGUCACUCAGGUCACAGAACUGCUGGAGAAGAUAGAAGAGAUGGUGGCAGGAAACAGAGGAGGACAUUUUGAGAUAAAGAGGGAGCUACUAGAGAAGAUAGAAGUUUGGAGGAGAAAAAAGGAAGACAAAGCUAAAGAGCUGUGCAUGAGGGUAAAGAAACAGAGAGAGAUCCAUAGAACAUUUAUAGGUGACUCACUCCAUCUCUCAGAGCUGAGGAUUGUGCUGCUGGGAUCCAGAGAUGCUGGGAAGACUUCAUCAGGAAACACCAUCCUGGGCAGAGAGGAGUUUGACCUGAGGACAGCUGUUCAGUGUGUGAAGAGACAGGGAGAAGUAGCAGGGAGGCAGGUCACUGUGGUUGACACUCCUGGCUGGUGGAAGAAUCUCCCUGUGGAGUACACUCCUGAGCUGGUUAAACAGGAGAUUGUGUUCAGUGCGUCUUUGUGUCCCCCAGGACCCCACACUCUCUUCCUGGUCGUUCGGGUGGACGUUUCGUUCAAAGAAGAAGAGACAAAUGCUGCAGAGGACCACCUGGAGCUUCUCAGUGAGAGAGUCUGGAGUCACACUAUAGUGCUGUUCACCCAUGGGGACUGUCUGGGAGACACAACCAUUGAGCAUCAUAUUCAGAGAGAAGGGAAGGCCCUCCAGUGGCUUGUUGAGAAAUGUGGGAACAGAUUUCAUGUCCUCAACAAUAACAACAGUGGUGAUGCCACUCAGGUCACAGAGCUGCUGGAGAAGAUAGAUGAGUUGGUGGCAGCCAACAGUGGAGAUGUGUUUUACCCUGAAAGAGAUUGUAAAGAAGGAAUGAAUUUGAUACCUGAGGAGAUGUUUGAGAAACCAUCUUUGCCAUUAAAGGGAGCUCACAGCAUAUACCCUCUUCUGAGUAUGAGUGGAGGCAGCAGACCCGAGACUGGAUAUGAUGGUUCAGACCAGAUGUCUGGGAUUGGAUCUGUAGCUGAAUCUCUGCUGAGGCUAGUGGUACCUGGAGAUGACAUAUCUGACACCCAGUCUCUGAGAAGCUCUGUGUACAGCUCCCAGACAUCAGAACCAGUAUGUGAGCACAACUCUGGAUCAAAGAGUUCUAGAGAAAAAUCCAGCUUGGAUGUCAUGAGUUUUGUACUCAGAAGAAUCUUUUGUAGUCAGAAGAAUCCAAGCACCAGUGAUGCAUCAAACCAUGAAUCUGAACACAGCUCUACAUCUACACCAGCGGAACGUACACUUGCUGUUGUGACAAAAUUAACACCUGAAACAUCCAAAGGAUUUACAGAAACGUCAUGCAGGCUCCAGUGCUCCCAUGCAGGUCUGUUCCAGUGCAGUUUGACAGGGCUGGUGUUUCUGAUGAAGAGGGAGGGGGAAGUGCUGUACAGAACUGUCCAAUGGGAUGAGAAUCUCCUGCACUCCACAGGAGAGGGUCUUGAUUCCCUGUCUGUGGCCCAUGUUACUGGUGACAGUGUGGAGGUUUUACCACCACUGAGGGUGACUGACACACACGUAGUGGUGAACAUCACAGACCUCUCCUUGUGGGGCCUGGUCAGAAUGUUUAGACCCUUCCUCUCCAAUCAUUCGGCCAUCCUCAGUCAGUUCUGAAUGUAAUCGUCCUGCCAUCAAAUGUGCCCUCAAUGAGGCAGGAAAGGGCCUGAGAGGGGCUGAUGGAGAUGAGGUGUGGGCAGGACGUGUCCUUCUGCAAGACUUCUGCAACAGAAAGUCUGCAGUAAACUUGAAAUGGAGAAAGGGAAGGUGAUUCUUGAGAGGGCAGUGAAGGCACAUGAAGUCAUUGACAAUCCUGUCCAAUAAUGAAAAGCCUUCUGGUUGAACUGGACCCCUUCGUUUGCAUAACACUUGGCUUCCACUGAAACAUGUUGGAGUAUGAGGCAUUGAUGAUCAUGGCCAAUGAUGUCUGUGUUCAAUGAUACAAUUGGUCUGUAGUUUGCAUAUUGAGUGAAAUCUAUUGCCAAUUCACCUUAUUAACACUGCGUCCAUUAAUCAUUUAACAACGUUAAUUUUACAACGUUAAAAUGUUCUAACGUGAUAAGAUGUUGAAACCAAUGCAAAAACCUUUGUAAAGUGUGACCUGUAGAUAAAACAAAUGAUUCACACCUACACAUGAUUUGGGAUAGUGAGAAGAACAAUGCAAUCACAUUGUCAUUGUCAUGUGUGCUGAUAUUAACUGAUAUGUCAAUGUAUUAUUUAACCUGCACUGCAGCUGUCUAUGUUAGAACAUUAAGAUGUGAAUAAGGCCUAUCCCGUAGUCACAUCAUAUUCUGUUUGACAUGAACAUCCCCUCCAUGAUUUGUUACGACGCAAUUUAAAAAAAAUAUUUUUUAUAUUUAUUUUACUAGGCAGGUCAGUUAAGAACAAAUUCUUAUUUUCAAUGACUGCCUAGGAACAGUGGGUUAACUGCCUGUUCAGGGGCA